AGCACACAGGCAAGAGUAGUCAGGGCUGGUGAGGUGGAGUGGUCAGGCAGGUCGGGUCAGGAACCAUUGGGCAGACAAGGUACAAAGGAGCAGGCAGAGCGUAGUCAGACAGGCCGGGUCAGGAACAAUCAGGCAGACAAGGUACUAGAGGAGCAGGCAGGAGAGUGGUCGGGAAUAGCCGGGGUCGGUGCAGGCAGAGUUCUAUCAAUGUCAGGCAGAGGGAUCAGGAAGGAAGGAAGGAAGGCAGGCAGGUUCAGACACAGGGGCUCAUGGGAACAAUACACCAAGGCACUG